CUGAAAACAAACAAUUUGACAAGUUUGACAUUUACGUCACGUAACCUCAUUUUGGUACCAAGAUAAACACUUCUAAAAGCCUAAAAAUAAAUCCAAUGAACUAAUCAUAAAAAACUCAAAAAGUAAACCUGGCGCGUCGUUUCGACAUAACCUCACUUCUGCAAAAUGCACGAAAUGGGCAUAAAAACCGAAUUUAUAUUUAAAACAGAAUCGCAGACUGAUCAUUUCGAAUGUGCAGACGAUCUAACCAAAUACAAGUGUCAACAAUGCCCCUAUACCUCUCACUUAAAAGUGCUAAUUGAGCCACAAAACCACGAUUUGGACAUGGAUUUAGUCAAACCUCGACACUACAAGUGUCGCAGAUGUGAUAGCUUCAAAACGUACUCCGUGUUGCUGCUUUGGCGACAUAAACGCACGUCUUGGAAAUGCCGGAGAAGUCAGAAAGAAAAAAGCGACCCUGGCGUUAUUAACAACAAAUUUGUGGUAAUGUUGAAAAACGUCUCUUUCAAACGAAGACGUAGAAAACCGAGAACUUUGUGGUACAAGUGCGACCAGUGCUCGUUCAAAACCAAAUGGCCAAGCAGUUUCCGUGUCCAUGUAAAACUCUCACACUACCCUGAAGAAUUCGUGGAGUGGGCGCAAUGUGACCACUGCCCCUACAAAACCAAAUUCAAAAGAGCCCUCAAACGCCACGUUCUCGUCAGACACACCGACCCCGCUUUAAUCCAGUGGUGGCAAUGCGACUUUUGCGAAUUUAAAACCAAAGAAAAAUGUCACUUAAACAGCCACAUCCAUCGAAAACAUACAGUUCACUGCGAUUCGGACUACUACAGGUGCGAUUUCUGCCCAUACAAGACCAUCGAUCGAGGGUCUUUGAAACGACACGCCCAGAGCCAACACUCCACCGAACAAAUCAUCCUCGACGAAAAGUGGUACGAAUGUGAUCAGUGUCCCUUCAGAUCUAGUCAUAACACGAGUCUUAAAAGACACCUCCACGUUAACCACACCGACUUCGAAAACAUCAAACUGUGGGAGUGCGACAGCUGCAUUUUCAAAACUAAAUACCGCCAUAGUUUGCAGUAUCACAUUAUAUCGAACCAUACAGCGUUGGAGGAUAUUCAGUGGUUCGAAUGCGAGCAGUGUCCGUUUAAAGCCAAGAUGAAGCGGUUGUUGCGGAGACACGUGAGGCUGCAACAUGGCGACAACAAAUGGGUGAAAUGUGAAUAUUGUGAGUACGAGACGAAGCACAAGAGCCAUUUGAAAAGUCACAUGAAGUCGAAGCAUGAUGAUAUCGAGAGUGUGGAUUUGUUGCUUUGUGAGCUGUGUGGGUAUUGUACGAAGUUUGGGUAUAGUUUGAGGAGGCACGUGAGGCUGAAACAUGUGGAUAAAAAGGAUUUGAUGCUGUUUGCGUGUGAGUUUUGCGGGUAUUCGACAGCUUUGAAGUCGGAUUUGAUGAAGCAUGUGAGGAAUAGGCACGCGGUCGUUAAAUUGAAGAUGGAGACUCCUGAACUACAGUGAAGAAAAUUAUUGUUUUACGUUAUUGUGUUUUCAUUUUUAAAUUGUAUAUGAUUGUUUUGUUGGUUGCCUAACUAGUCAUUUUUCUUAUUA